GGCGCGACGUCGUCGGCAUCGCCAAGACGGGGUCGGGGAAGACCCUCGCCUUCGGCAUCCCCGGGCUGCUUCACAUCGCCGCCCAGCCGCCGCUGCAGUGGGGCGACGGGCCCCUGAUGCUCGUGCUGGCGCCGACCCGCGAGCUGGCGCAGCAGAUCGAGCAGGAGUUCAAGAAGGUCAUCCCCCCGAACCUGCGGUCCGUCUGCUGCUACGGCGGCGCGCCCAAGCGCGACCAGGCCAGCGUGCUGCGCCGGGGCGUUGAGGUCAUCAUCGCCACGCCUGGGCGCCUGAUCGACUUCCUGCAGGGCGGCGAGACGAACCUGCGCCGCGUCACCUACCUGGUCAUGGACGAGGCGGAUCGCAUGCUCGACAUGGGUUUCGAGCCAGACAUGCGCAAGAUCGUGGGGCAGAUCCGGCCGGAUCGG